UAAAUGCGUCGCUUGUUGAUACCGAGUUUCGAACUAUUUCAUACGCGCGUGAUGGACAAAGUUUCAGAACCGGGUGCGGGACUAGGGGGCGUUGCACGGAUACAAGGUAAACACACCAACAGAGCCGAUCAGCUCUUCUCUCCACGGGCUCUUACAGUCUUACAGAUGGCGGAAGGUGGGGAAUUGCAGAGGGUGAAUAUGCUGUAUAAUGUUGUUAGUUGCUUGCGCAUCCCCAGAUUUUUAUGGCAUCCCUAUAUUCCACACUUUUUUAUUUACUUGUUGUUUAUUGUGUUGGAGGCAUGUUGACCCAGGCGCUCUUUAUCCCGCACGGACUACCACACUACCGCGCUAACACUGCCGGUUCUAUAACUCGGGUGUGUUCCCCCGAUUGUGCAAUGGCCUUUGCCCAUGAAGGUGAGCGCUAACAUGAGUGUGUGUGCUCAGUCCAUGCACUAUUAUUGUGCGCUUGGGUGGCAUGCUGGAGUCGGUAUCCGCCCAAGAAUGCCAAGUAUUUAACGGCGCCUCGUAGGCGGUGCCGCGAGACUAGAGGGGGGCGUUGCACGGAUACAAGGUAAACACACCAACAGAGCCGAUCAGCUCUUCUCUCCACGGGCUCUUACAGUCUUACAGAUGGCGGAAGCGGUCGACGAGACGUUGAAAUCAGACGACGUGUCGGAAAAUGUUGGACGAGCUUGUGGAGGCGCAGAACCACUCCAAAGUGCUCAGGGUCAAGCUAUUGCCGCCACACGAGGUAGAGGCGAUUCACCGCCAAUACCAGGAUCCCAAAGAGCGCCUGCUGCACAUUCUUCUUGCCUUCACGAGGCAAAUCCAGCCCAGACCGACAUGGAGGGUCAUUGUGGAAGCUCUCAAGAGUCCUUCUGUCAACCUACCAGCACUAGCUGCGAAAGUAGAAGCAGCUCAUUUCCCUGACUCUACCGCAACACAUGAUGUGGUACCUGAGACUACUACUGACACCACAGAGUCUGCAGCCAACACUACUGCUGGUGAUGACGAGCAUCCACUGCAGUAUAUCAAGUGUCAUUUGCAGCAACGAUUGCCUAAUAUUCGAGACUGCAAUGGCUUCUCAUUUCGGAGACAAUGGAAACCUUGCUAUCAAUGUCACAAUCUACCAGACAUCAUAUUAUUGACAAAUACCUGACAUCUGUAACCAUACUUCAUAUUACCAUGUGUACAAUGCCUUUGUUCAAUCCUACUGUCUUUGUGUGUUGUAUCAUUCAGCUCUCUAUGUGGUGUGUCUGUAAUGAUGUAGUUGAAGGUAUAUAUAUUUUAUA